GGACCCCCCCCAGGAUGCGUCACUCGCCUCAGGCUUAUCAAAACUCCACCCGAGCCCCACGAACAUCUUUACUUCCUUCCUUCCCGGUAGCAGCCCGAACCGUGGGCAUCUCACGUCCAGCCUAGAACCGCGGACCUGCCGGGCACAGCGCCGCUUUCUUCUUCCCAUCCUCUCUCCGGCGCUGCUGACCUUAAAUCUGACCCCAGGACCCGCCUGGUGAGGUCCGGCCUCGGCACGCCACGCCACUGCCGGAGUUGGAAAGCGAAACCGCUCGGGUCCGCGAACGGCACCGCCCGCCCGGGGCCGCCCGUAAGUUUCGAUUCUCGGCGAAGCGCUGUCCCGCGCUGCGCUCAGAGCAGCGGCAGCCAUAGCGCGCCAUGGCCGACCCCGGGGUGUGCUGUUUCAUCACCAAGAUCCUGUGCGCCCACGGGGGCCGCAUGACCCUGGAGGAACUGCUGGCCGAGAUCGCGCUCCCCGAGGCGCAGCUCCGCGAGCUGCUGGAGGCGGCGGGGCCCGAUCGCUUCGUGCAGUUGGAGAUCGUAGGCCAGACCGGGGUCACUCGGUCGGUGGUGGCCACCACCCGAGCCCGCGUCUGCCGUCGCAAGUACUGCGAGAGACCCUGCGACAGCCUGCACCUCUGCAAGCUCAACCUGCUGGGCCGGUGCCACUACUCACACUCCCAGCGGAACCUUUGCAAAUAUUCUCACGAAGUUCUCUCGGAACAGAACUUCCAGGUCUUGAAGAAUCAUGAGCUCUCUGGGCUUAACCAGGAGGAGCUGGCAGUACUCCUGGUCCAGAGCGACCCGUUUUUCAUGCCUGAGAUAUGCAAAAGUUACAAAGGAGAGGGCCGCAAACAGAUAUGCGGACAACCACAGCCAUGUGAGAGACUCCACAUCUGUGAGCACUUCACCCGGGGCAACUGCAGUUAUCUCAACUGCCUCAGGUCUCACAACCUGAUGGACAGAAAGGUGUUGGCCAUCAUGAAGGAACACGGGCUGAGUUCUGAUGUGGUCCAGAACAUCCAGGACAUCUGCAACAGCAAGCACUCUCGGAGGAACCCACCCGCCAUGAGAGCUCCCCAACCACAUCGCAGAGGCCGGGCCAGAGGUAGAAGCAAAAGCAGAGACCGGUUCUUUCAGAACAGUCUAGAAUUUCUCCCAACUGUCUCCCCUGCGGAAUCUGGUCCACCUAGCCCAGAUGCCACUAGCUGUAAGGGUUCCCUGGAGGAUGUAUCUGCAGAUGUCACUCAGAAGUUCAAGUACCUGGGGACUCAAGACUGUGCACAGCUUUCUUCAGUGUCACCUAAGGCUGCCGGUCUCCGAGGAGCAGGCCUGAAGUUUUCAGAGAAUGGGGACCCAGGUGGCCUAUUUUCUAGGAGUUGUUCUGAUUCAUCCUCAAAUCUAGCUGCCAGCGGCUUUCAUCUCGAUGUGACACAAACACUUGAAGCCAUGGCCAAGAAAACAGAUAAGCUUUCUGGGUACCACAUGGAUGUCAAGAACAGAAGUAAGGCCCAUGACAAGCAGCAUGUCCCUUUUUUUGAUAGCUGUGCUGGUGGGGCGAAGAUGGAAGGAACAGCCUCAGGAAUUCUAGGUAACAGGGCCACAGCCAACGGUCUGGGAGAAAUAUUACCUAGCAACCAUCGGAAGAGUGCGGGUAACCUUCUGGAUCUCCAGAUCACCAGCAGAGUCGCCGACAGCAUCGCCGACAGCGGCCAAGACAUGGCAUUCCUGGGUGGUAAAUAUGGAGGAAACACAGUCUGGGCUAGUAAGUCUACCCAUAGUGACCCAAAUGGCUCCAGUCAAAUUAUGAACAAAACUCCUGAUGUCUCUAAAAGUAGUGCCACUGGCUUUGGUGUAAAAGCAGCAGUCACUGGAAGAAAAGAAGCUAUGAGCUUUGGAGGUCAGAGUCUGAGAAGCCAGGUCCUGGCUAUGCCCGAGGAGAUCACUGCCGCUGUACCAGCCAGCAGGCUGCCUCAGACACCUCCACCUUCCUCAAGCCACAGAGUUGCAGCCUCUGAGAUCCUUGGCAAGAACUCCACACAUGCCACUGUGAGCCCAGUUUGUAAGCCCUCAAGGAGGACCUCAGACUCUGAGUAUCCCCUGUUCUCCAUCGCAAGUUCUACGUCCCCUAGGAUGGAUGAUCAUGGACCAAAGGAAAUCUGUCAGGACCACCUGUAUAAGGGUUGUCAUCAGAGCAACUGCAACAAGAGCCACUUCCACCUGCCCUACCGGUGGCAGCUGUUCAUAGAUAAUUCUUGGGUUGACUUCCAGGACAUGGAGGAUAUCGAGCGGGCCUAUUGUGAUCCCCAAACUGAAAGCGUUAUGAUAGGAGAGUAUCAGAUCAAUUUCCAGAAAAUGACUUGCGACUAUUUCCCCAUCCGACGCCUCUCCACGCCUUCAUUUGACGCACAGUCAGUUAAUUCCGUCUUCAGCACCACGUGGCUUUGGUACUGGAAGGAUGAGUUUAACAAAUACGUGCAGUAUGGUGAUGAGAAUAAAAGCCAUCUCAGUUCCAACAUCAGCUCUUCAUACCUGGAGUCCUUCUUCCAGUCCUGUCCUAGGGGAGUUUUGCCGUUUCAGGCCGGUUCACAAAACUACGAAUUAAGCUUCCAAGGGAUGAUUCAGACAAACAUAGCUUCCAAGACUCAAAGACGUGUAGUCAGACGGCCAGUGUUCGUUGCGUGGAAGGAUGUGGAGCGGAGGAGAAGAGGUGCAGACCGGCAGCCAGUGAUGCCUGCGGUAGAGGCUUUGACCCUGGAUUCUCCUCCCCUGAGGGACACUGGCACGUUUCCGUUUCCUUCUAACAGAUACGAGUUGGUAGAGCUUGAUAGCCAGGAUGUGGAAUAUGCCACGAUAAGUGAACUUUUUAAAGCAUCCAUGAAAUAUUUCAAGAUUGUAUCGAUAAAGAGGAUAUGGAAUCAAGACCUCUGGGAAACUUUUGAAAGGAAGAAGCUGAUGAUGAAGAAUGACAAUGAGAUGCUGCUGUUUCAUGCAACAUGCCGUGUUCAUGUGGAUUAUAUCUGUAGAAAUAAUUUCGACUGGAUCAUAAAUGAUAGUCGGGAGACCAAAUAUGGAAAAGGAAAUUACUUUGCAAAAGAAGCCAUGUAUUCCCACAAGAAUUGUUCAUAUGAGGCCAAAAACAUUGUUAUGCUUGUCGCCCGAGUCUUGGCUGGAAAUUCCAUUGAAGGAAAUAUGAGAUACAGUAGCGCUCCCGCCCUCUAUGACAGCUGUGUGGAUAGCAGGUUGAAUCCCUCGGUCUUUGUCAUCUUCCAGAAAGAGCAGAUUUACCCAGCGUAUGUGAUUGAGUACACGGAGCUAGAGAAAGAGAAAGCCUGCAUAAUUAGUUAGAAAACGAUGUAUACUGCCGCGUCGAAGCCUUUAUGUUGACUUCUAGGACCAAACCAUCCCCAGACAGUAGUUAGACUUUUGCAUUUCCUUGCUACAUUACCUAACGUCUUAAAUCAGCCAUUCUCAAACUUCUCUCCAGAUUCACAGUCCCUGGCCAGGCAGUUUUUUUGUAAAAAUUGCCCCCAUGACUCCAGCAUUUUGAAAAGAUUUCGUUGUCUUACAUUCCUAGUGAGGCUGGUUUCUAAAUUGUCUGUAAUCUUAUCUUUCCCAUCUACUCUUUGUUUUUAUUGUGUAUGUAGGUAGCAUUGUUUCGGUUUCGCUUAAUUUGAACUGGAUAUUAGUUUGAGAAAUUUGAGAGACAUGUAAUAAUGUUUAUGGAAAUAGGGACAUAUAAGAAGACAUUGCAGCUUUGAGUAGAAAACUUGCUGAGGAAAAAAGUUUAAAGGUUAAAUUUAAACGAUAUUGAGACACAAAAGCAGUACGCAAUACUAUAUAUUACCAUGCGAUGAAACUGACCUGAGGAACACAUUUCUGUCUCUCUGCAUUUACUUAGAAGACAGACUCCAUGGAGUUGACUCUGAAAUACAGUGAUAAGCACCCCUAAGUAUAGUUCAGAAGCAACUAACUGGAGUUAAUUGUCCAUUGAGGCUCUUGGUAUCCGAGUUCUAAUUCAUGUGAUUACAGAGGAUGCUUCUUGCAGGCUUUUGUGUAAUCAUCCGGAUUUUUUUAGUAAGAUUAAGUUGCAGUACUGAUAAAACCUAGUGUUAUUGGGAUUUGUGUACAGUGACAGAAGGGUUGUCAGAAGCCAGGAAAGGCCUUCCCUGUUGGAAGGGCCUUGUAAGGAGGCAAGACUGGUUUGUUGGUGAGCGCAAAGCAGUGCAGAGAAAGCAGUGUCCCACAUAGACCUUUACUGUUAGCCACAUCUUUUUGAAAGCAUAGUGGGUGUGGGUUUUUUAGAGCAUUUAGGACGCCCGGACCAAUUUUUUUUCCUUGCUUACUGUGUACAGAUCAGGUCCUUCCUUCCAACCUCCCUUUCUCAACGUUCUGUCCCAGUUGCCAGAGUUUCCUGGCAUAUUUUUUCCUUUCCUGUUACAUUUUCUUCCAGCAGACAUGUUCAUCGUUAAUGGGCAUUUGAUCAGAUUUUUCAUCAGUUGCUUUACUUUGAAAGUCUCCAAUAAUGAUAUAUUGAGAAUUUUUUAGAGUGGGAUUCUUGUCAUUCAUUGCCACAAUUUUUCUUUUUUAAUUCACUGAUUUUUCUUUUCUUUUUCUCACGUGGUAUCUUCUAUUUUGGAAUACUCAUUCUCUGACAUAGACUUCAUACUGUAGACACGUAGUGCAUCUAACUACUUGGCAAGCUAACUUCUAGUUGGAUAUUUACCUGCCAUCUCCAGUUCAACAGGCUCAAAAUGGAACACUCUAUUUGCCUGCUUCAAAGUGAUUCACCCCCAAAGAUUCACCUGCCCCAACCCCAUAAACAGUAUCACUUGCUCCCUGAUACACAAGCAGAAAGCUAGAAUUCCUCCCAGGCUCCUAGCUUCCCCCAGUCUGAGUCGUUCCUAAGCCCAUUCUGAAGCACCUAGUUCAAUUCUGUGGGUCUCAGUGAACUGUUCUGUCGGGGUUCCCACCCCUCCCCGCACAAGCAAUAUCUGUUUUAAUCUCUAAAGUGCAAUUCAGACAUAUAUUCUCCAUAUAACUCCAUUAAUUAAAAAAAGUUAAUAUAAUUUAAGAGGGAAAUACAAGGCCGUAACUCCGGCACGACUUUACAGUACUAAGACAUAAUGGAGUCGUCAGAUGCCUACAUUUACCAUGAAUCAGUGUGAGCUUAGAAGAAAGGAAUUGGCUGAACAUGAAAAAUCAGGGACGUGUGUGGACAUUAGAGUAAAAACUAAUGACAUAAGUCAUUUGCAAAUGUCAGCACUAUCUGUUCAUGGUAAGAACGAAAUACCUUUAUUGUAAUAAAGAUACUGUACAAAAGAACUUACAGAUUUGUUCAGACAAUAUAUAUAUAUAAUAUAUAUAUAUAUAUUAUAUAUAUAUAUAUAUGUCGUACGUGAAUGUCUGAGACAUUCAAAACUCGAAUAGGGCGCAAAGUAAUUUCUUCUUGUGAGGAACUGCCCAAUAGGUCGCAAGAUCCGUAGUUGGCUCUCACAUGCUAAAUGCCAGUAGCGCCCUCGCCCACAGUUAUGACAACCAUAGACCCUACCACACCUGUUCACCCUUUUAAAUGUAGAUCUUUUUUAUAGCACCUUUUGGCCAUCUUGAGAUGAUUUAUAGGUAAUACGGUCUACAUAUGAGUUUAUUAAAACUUAAUUUAGUGCCCUACCUGUUUUGUAAUGAAAAUGAAACAUAGAUGUAAUGAACACACAGCAUGUAAGUGCUCAGGCAUGACUAUGCUAUAGGUUUUGAAAGAGAUGUCAACUCUCACUAUGAAUAGGUUUGGGCUUAAGAGUUCAGCAGUGCAGGAGUACAGAAGUACAGGGAAAUGAAAGCUGGAAGGACUCAGUGACACAAACCAGAUGGCAUUAGGGUACACCAUAGCAGACUGUGCUGCUUACCUGUCUAUGGUGAAGGGAAGGGCGGAAUCACCUUAAUUGAUAAUAAGACAGGACAAAUUACAUUUUGUCUCGGAAACCAGAUGUUCUCUCCCAGACAAACUGUAGGUCCUGCAUAAAUGUCCAGCAGGACAUUAGAUAGUCGCAAAGGUGCAGAACAAGUGUGUGGGACUGUCCCAUCCACACACAGCAGAACACUUGUUCUGCCUCAGGUUGCAUCUACUCAGUGCCGGUAAUAACCUUCAGAUACAAAGCAAACAACCAGUACUCUCCAGUAUACUACAAUGAGAAUCACUGACCUCGUUAGUGACAGCACUCAUGGAUCAAUUCAGUUGUUACUCCCAUUGUGUUUUACUAUAGAAUACCCAGAUCCUUGCUUCACAAACCCCCAGUUUUUAAAAUGCUUUGUGCCUUGGUUUUGUCUAUCUUUAUCCGCCUUCUUGUUUACUCAAUAAAAGAAAAAAGUAACUUGGUU